AUCGUAACGCAAGUCUCUCAGUUAGCUCAGCACUCGACGUCGUUCGUCUUCCUGCCGGAACUAAUUUCCCGUCUCUCCACCCGCCGUCGCCAGAGUCAGAUUCGAAGCCAUGAAAGUCUUCUCCGGCGGCCGUCAGUUCGCUCGUCUCUUGAAGUCUUCGGUUCUCCUCAACUCCGCAGCCGGCUGCCGGAACUUUUCCUCCGAGUCCUGGAUCCUCGCUGCUCCGCAGGCGGCUUGUCUCCCAUGGCUACACCAACUGCACGACGCCACCUUCUCUUCCGUUCGUUUCCCUGGCCAUUACACCGCGAAGGCUCAUUUCUCGACGGAAUCGAAUAACGCCGAAAUCGCUCCUACAGAGGCCGUGAAAGAGUUUCACGAGAAGAUUCUCGAGUCGGUCAAUACUAAGAGGACGAUGUCUCCCAACGCCUGGUUGUGGUCGCUGAUUGAGAAAUGUGAAAGCCACAAAGAUAUUGAGCUUCUGUUUGAUUGUUUGGAGAAUAUCCGGAGAUUUCGCCUUUCCAAUCUCCGAAUUCAUGAUAAUUUCAAUUGCAAUCUCUGCCGGGAGGUUGCCAAGGCUUGUGCUCGAGCAGGGGCCAUUGACUUUGGUAUGUGUCUUAUUCGAUUGAAUAGUCCACAAUCUGCAGGAAAGAAGACCCUUUGGAAACAUAAUGUGUAUGGAUUGACUCCUAGUGUUGCAUCUGCCAAUCAUUUACUGAAAAAUGCUAAGGUUCACGAUGAUGUGAAACUAAUGGUUGAAAUAAUGGGGCUCUUGAAAAAGAACGACGUGCCACUACAACCCAGUACAGCAGAUAUUGUUUUCAGCAUCUGUAACAACGUGGGUAAUUUGGAGUUGAUGGCAAAAUACUUGAAGAAGUUUGUCAAGGCUGGAGUUCAACUACGAACAGCUGCUUUUGAUGCAUCGAUGGAUCUUGCUGCCAAAAAAGGGGAUACAGAAGCACUGUGGGACAUUGAAAAGCUGCGAUCUAAGUCAAUGAAGCAGCUCAGCCUUGUCACUGGGUUCUCUUGUGCUAAGGGUCUGAUACUAGGACGUAAACCCCAGGAAGCUGCCUCGAUCAUUCAAGUCUUAAAUGAGACCUUACCUGAAACCAAGAAGUCGGGCAUCAUGGUUGAACUCCAGAAGUUAGCUAGCGAGUGGCCGUUGGAUGUAGUGAAGCACCAAUCGGAAGACAAAAGAAAGGAACUAGCAGCUGCAUUGAAGUCCGACAUCCCAGCCAUGAUCAGCGCCCUACUAAACACAGGUUUAGAGGUGAGUGUAGAUCUAGAGAACCUAACCAGCAAGGAAGAAAUGCUACAGUGAAGCCGCAACAAAGUUCCAGGAGAUCUCAAUCGAGACCAGAAUUCGAAAAAGGAGACCUGAGUUGGCCUUGGAGCUCCUGAAUCUAAAUCGACGUGGGCUGCUGCUGCUGCUGCUGCUGCUGCUAUAUUUCCAGGAUCAGACUGCGAACCAUUCUGUAUACUGAGACCUAUAUCCCCAUGUAUUCUUUUCAGUUAGGGCAGUAUUACCAAUCUUGUAGUUUGGCCGCCUGUUUUAGUUUCUUCCUGGAGGGUAGCAUUCACUCCAAUUCAAUGAUUUCUGAAAAAGAAGCUUGAGCCUCUGAAUAAAGACGCCGGCCCAACUAGCUCAGUGGGCCUCCUCUUUCUUUGGAUUUUGGGUCAACAUUUGGGUUGGGCUUAAUUCGCUAUUUAUUGCAAAAAUUAGGUGUAGUUUCUUAAUAUUUCGACCUCCUCAUUCCGAGGUUGAAGAUCAGAGU